AGGUGGUAUUCCACCGAGGGUUACAGACUGAAGGUCCCUGACCUAUCAUCGCAAAAAUCUGAACACUACCAGCAAAAGGAGCUGAACAAAAGCAGGGGAAGGGAGCCUAAAGGGACCAAAUUCGGUCUCAAUUACCAAUUUCCCCAUGAGUUAAAUCAACAUCUCAAGGGGCUGUAUCCUGUGCAGAGGCAACAGAGAGAGAGGGAGCUUAAUCACCGGUCAACUGAAUCUUCCCUGAGUGGAUCACACAACCAAGAGACCAUCAUGGCAAGCAAAGACACAUCGUCAAACAUUCAAGACACGAUUGCAAGUAGCCUUAUCGAUGAAGGACCUCCUGCAAGGUAUCAGCUGGAAACAAAGAAACAGAAGCUAGAUGAAGAAGGCCUGCUCAGAAGAUGGACCUUUGGAGAGAGAGAUUCCACCAAGGUUAACAGAACCGUUCUGAUAGUGGGAGAGACAGGAACAGGGAAGUCAUCUCUCAUUAAUACCAUGGUCAAUUAUUUCCUGGGUGUAAAACAGGAGGACAAAGUCUGGUUUGAGAUUGUGGAGGAGGAAAUAGAGGAUGAUAAAAAGUAUGAAAGUAAAAAAAAAACUGAAAGUGAAACUACAGGGAUUACUGUUUAUGAGGUAUUUUGGUUUGAGGGAUCUAAAUUGCCCUACUCUCUCACCAUCAUCGACACUCCUGGGUAUGGAGACACCAGAGGGAUUCAAGAAGACCAACUAAUCGCUAAAAAACUAUUUGAGUUGUUUAGAUCUGAAUACGGAGUCCAUCAAAUUGAUGCUGUUGGUUUAGUGGUGAAAUCAAGUGCAAAUCGACUCACUGUUGAACAGAAGUACAUAUUUGAUGCAAUUUUGUCCUUAUUUGGCAAAGACAUGGAGAAGAACAUCGUGGCCCUCAUCACACACUCAGAUGGUUUUGAACCUACUGAUGCUCUACAGGCCUUAGAAGAUGCUCAAGUCCCCUGUGCAAAAGAUGACAGCAAUCAAUCUAUUUAUUUCCUAUUCAACAACUCUCAAAGAAAGAGUGUCACCUCUGCAAAAGCAGCCCAGGCCAAGAAAGAAGAACGUAUCUUGAAGAAUUUAUGGGACGUAUCAGAGGAGAGCAUGAAUGAAUUCACAGAGUUCCUGGGUAGAAUAACACCUCAAAACGUGAAGAUGUCUGAAGGAAUUCUGAGAGAGCAGAAACACCUGGAGGAGUGUGUCAGCAACAUACGCAAGCAGGUCCACCUGAUUGAUCUGAAACAGAAUGAAAUCAAGCAGACUCAAGAAGCACUCGAUAAACACAAGAAAGACAUGGAGGAAAACAAGGACUUUUCAUACAUUGUUGACGAGAAAUACAAAGGAAAGGCAGAUACAACAGAGGGUGAGGCUACCACCUGCACAGUCUGUGAGGAGAACUGUCACUAUCCAGGCUGUUGGUGGGUCAAAGAUCUCUCAUGGUGUACUGUGAUGAAGAACUGUCACUGCACAAGGUGUACUGGGAAAUGUCACUACACCGAUCACGUCAAAGAAAAGAAAAUGUAUGUUUUUAUGACCAGGCAGGUUAUAAGGACGAAUGAGAAAUUGAAAAAGAAAUAUGAAAUCAUUGAGAAAGCGGCUGGGGAGAAAGAGACUCUGAUCAGCAGACUUCAGUCAGAGUUGAAGCAGUUCACAUCUGAGAAAGCCAGACUGGUGGAAGAAUCAUACCAGUGUGUCAUCAACCUUGAAGAGAAAGCCUUAAAGACCAGCUCACUGUCCACUGCUCAGCAUCUGGACUUCCUGAUUGAGAAGGUGAAGGAGACAGGAAACACAGAGAAGAUUCACAAACUGGAGAAGAUGAAGAAGAGAGCUGAGGAGGAAUACAGGGGAGCUUUAGAUUACUUUAAAGCUGGUAUGAAGAAACAGUGAAAUCAUCUCUUACUGAGAUAGUACUGAGAUAGUA